AUGACCCAAACCCUCCGCCAGUACUCCUUUCAAGUCUUUCGCGAUGUCCCGCCCCUUCGACAGUUCCGACGGCAGCUCCUACUGGACCAGAAGACCGUCGGGUUCGUCCCGACCAUGGGAGCCCUUCACGAAGGCCAUCUCUCGUUGAUCCGACAAGCCGCGGCAGAAAACACCGACGUCUUUGUGAGCAUUUACGUCAACCCGACUCAAUUCGGCGUCAGCGAGGAUCUCUCCAGCUACCCUCGCACAUGGGACAGUGAUGUCGCAAAAUUGGAGGACCUGAACACCGAACUAGCGCGACAGGGACCCAACACAGGUCGGGUGACGGCCAUUCUGGCCCCCACCUCCAAAGUCAUGUACCCCACCCUACCGCCUUCGUCGGAGAUCGAUGGAGACGGCUCGUUUGUCACCAUCACCCCCAUCUCUCGGAGGUUGGAGGGCGCAUCGCGGCCCGUUUUCUUCCGUGGUGUCGCGACCGUCUGUAUGAAACUGUUCAAUAUUGUGGGCGCCGACCGAGCCUACUUCGGCCAGAAGGAUGUGCAACAGACGGUGGUCAUCAAGCGCAUGGUGAAGGACUUUCAUGUCGACACGGAAAUCCGCAUCGGCAACACUGUCCGCGAGCAUGAUGGGCUCGCCAUGAGCUCGCGGAAUGUGUACUUGGGCGCGAGAAGACGUGCGGUGGGCCUCGUCCUCUAUACCGCCUUGAAAGCAGCCGAAAAUGCAUACACCUCCGGCAAGGUUGCCCGCAAUGAAAUCCUGGAGGCGGCCAAUGCGGUCACCUCUCAGGUCCUGGCGGAGCAGCAGGCGCUGACGCCAGCGGAGAGAGCGCUCUUUGAGGUCGACUAUAUCUCCCUGGCUGACCCCGAGAGCUUGGAUGAACUAGACGUUGUUGAUCCCUCGCGCGGCGCCAUCCUGAGCGGAGCAGUCAAGAUGGCUCCUCUUGAGGAAUCCAAGGCGGGAGAAGACUGCGGUCUGGGCGAUGGAAAGGUCCCGGUGAGGUUGAUAGACAAUUUCAUCAUGAAGCCUCGUGCCUAG